AUGGAAAAAAAUCAUGCAAACAUUUUUUUCUGUGAGACUGGGUUGGAUAUGCCCAACCUCCUCCCACACGUUUCUUUAUAAAUCCACUGUGAUGUACAAGUGCAAGUCAUUCUAAGCAAAAGCUGCAUUUUUCUUUCAAAAGAAGUAUUCAAAAAAUAAGAUGAAGAUGAAGGUGACUGUGGUGUUGUUGCUUCUUCUGGUUCUGGCCUCAGCCACUGACUGUAAGGUGUUUGUCUUCCCUGAAGAGUCAAGCUCUGCCUAUGUGCAACUCACACCAAUGAAACCUCUGAAUUUGCAGGCCUUCACACUCUGUAUGCGCGUUGCUACUCAAAUCUGGUACAAGCGAGAGAUCAUCCUGUUCGCUUAUCGCACUCAAGGGGCUGACGAGCUCAAUGUGUGGAGAGAAAAAAAUGGAAGACUUUCUCUAUACUUGAGAAGCAGUAAAGAUGGUGCAUUCUUUACUCUCCCGGUGCUGUCAGCUUUACCCACUCAUCUGUGUGUCACCUGGGAUUCGAGCACUGGAAACACCGCAUUUUGGGUGGACGGACGCCGCAGCAUGCUGACCAUCUACAGGCAUGGCCAUAAUGUACAUCCAAAUGGAGCUAUAAUUAUCGGACAGGAUCCUGAUUCAUUUUUGGGUAAAUUUGACGUACAUCAGAGCUUUGUGGGUGAAAUUACAGAUGUACACAUGUUUGAUAGUGUUCUGAGGGAAUGUCAGAUUGAGCAGCUGUAUGCGAAACAAUACAAUGCUCCGAGUGGGAACGUGCUCAACUGGGAUUUUCUGAAGUACAAAAUCCAUGGGAAUGUUGUUGAGAGGUACACGUACCAGGAAUACUCUAAAAAAGUCUCUGACACCUGCAAAUGAAUUUCUCUCCUUUGAUUUCCAUGUCUAAUAGACUAUCUAAUGUGACUAUCAUUCCUGAUGAAUCAGUGUCUGUGAUUAAGAUAUAAAAUGUAUUCUUAGAGAAAUCCUCUGUUUCUGAAACAAAAAUGCAUAUUAGCUCAAUCUUAGAUUUCACCAGAUUACUGAUUUAUCCUCUCUUCCAUUUUCUUCCUACUGUGUAACUUUAAAACUCUGCAUCACAAAAACUGUUUUGUUGGAGGCGUUCUUUGAAUAAAUCUGACAAAAUA